AUGGCUUCCUCCCGAGAUGUGGAAUUCAAAACCUAUGACGGCAUCAAGCUCAGGGGCACCCUCUUCCCCGCUGGCGAAAACACACCUUGUAUCAUCAUGAACUCCGGCGCAAGUGUCCUGUUCUUGUCAAUCAAUUUCCUGCCCGACUUCGCCGUCCGUUUCCAAGCCGCUGGCAUCACUGCACUCAUAUAUGACAACCGAUGUCUCGGUGACAGCGAGGGCAGCCCACGUGACGAGGUCGACCCUUUGUUGCAGACACGCGACUACUUCGACGCUUUCUGCUACGCUACCACCUUGCCCGAGGUGGAUGCAAACAAGAUUGUGUACUGGGGCUCGAGCAUGUCUGGCGGCACCGCCCUCGUAGCCGCAGCCCUCAACAAGAACAUUGCCGCCGUCGUCGUCCAGGUGCCGUUCAUUUCGGGCGAGUGGAUUUCCCAGAGGUCGGACAGUCCGCCCGACGCCUUGUUCCAAGAACGUGCCAGCGCCAUCUCCAGCGGGGCACCGUCCAAGAUCCCGAGCUUUCCCGAGUCACUUGAACACAUCAAGACACGCACGUCCAAGGCAGUGAUCCAAGACCCAGCCGCAGUCACGCUGACGGACGAAAUAACGCGCCGGGGUCAGAAUUGGGGCAAGUGGGCGACGGUACAGAGUCUCUUAAACUGUUCCAUGUUCGAACCACUAGCCUAUGUCCAUCGCAUCGCCCCCACGCCGCUGCUCAUGGUCGUAGCUGAGAAGGAUGUCACGACGCCCUCACAUCUGCAACUCGAAGCGUUCAACCGCGCCCGCGAACCCAAGAAGCUACAGUUGUUCAAAGGCCAGAACCACUUCAGCAUGUACUAUGGCCAAGAUUUCGAGAUGAAUGUGGCUUCUCAGAUUGCGUUUCUCAAAGAGACUCUCAAAAUUUAA